AUGCAGGCUGGCCGUUCCAGUGUUAGACGAACAUAUUUGACGGUUGCAACAGCAACAGCAGCAAUGGCUAAAAGUGAUGGAAGUGAUUAUUUUAAAAGAACCAGCCUCUUUUGGAUUGUCUCCAUUAUUUUCGGCGUGGGGUAUUUUGCUUGCAUCGUGUUUGCGCCUGAAAUCAUACCAUACCAUCUCCUGGGCCCAUUUGGUACCUUCUGCCGAUAUCUUGUUGACAACCAUGCUAGCGUCUUGUACAAAGGGUGGUGGGCGACCUGCGCGAUCCAUUUGGUUGAGGCCUUGGUCUCCUUGAAAGUCUGCAGCAACAAAGGCAUCACCAUGCCCACCAGCUGCUUGUGGUUCUUCCAGACCUUUGUGUUCGGCUUUGCCUCACUGGGCCUGCUCAUCAAAUACAACCCAGCGCGGCGCAAACAGCACUGAUGUGUCCUCGACAAAA